CGGCGAUUUGUAAACAAAUUUGACUGUUUUCGUGUCGGUUCUUGUUUGAUAAAUUUUGUUAAGUUUUUUAAUGUUCAACAAAAGUUGUUUCCUCAAAAAAUCAUCAAAAUGUGGUUUCUAAAAAACCAAAAGAAUGCGACAGUCUACUACAUCCGACCGGACGUUAAAAAGCACGUCGUGUCCCGUUCCACGGGCAACCUCAACAUCGCGAACGACCGGUCCAUCAGCCGGAACCAUGCGUUCCUUUUCCCAGAGUCGUCGGACUCGCUGAAGCUGGUGGACGCCGGCAGCCGGUACGGCACCUUCCUGAACCACGCCAUCGAAAGUGACCGCGAUGAGAUUCCGAAGGAUGUUCCGGUGAGGCUUCGCAAGGGGGAUCGCGUUCGGUUCGGCAUGUGCGACAGCCUGUGGCAGGUGGACCGGGUUGAGUUCCGGUGCAUUACGUCGACGAUUAGCGUGACGGUGGGGUUGGAGCGGACGCUGAGGAAGCUUGGGGGAACGCUGGAGAAUGCUUUUCAGCAGGGGAAGACCGGGUUUUUGGUGAUGACGACGAUUACGACCACGCCGAAGCUGCUGAUGAGUUUGAUUGGACAGAUUCCGGUGGUGACGCCGGAGUACUUUGAGGCGUGUCUGAGGGCGGUGGUGGGGGGGAAGGCGCUUCCGGAUCCGGAGGGUUUUAUUCCUGAGUUUACGGAAGCGUACGUGAGGCGUGAGGGAAUAUCGUUUGGAAAGACUCCGGCGCGGGAGAAGUUGUUUGUGGGGUUGACCUUUAUCUUUAUCAAACCGCAACACAUGACGGUGUACGAAGGGAUUGUGAAGAUGGCCGGUGGCAAGUGCGUCUGCGCCACGAAGCACAAGAUUUCCAAGUCGUUCUUUACGCAGGAGAAGGUCGUCGUGAUCCAGGUUACGACGGAUACGCUUUCGCAGGGUACGUCGCAGUCCAUGGACGGACUCACUCAAAUUGUGAGCAAAGCAGGUCGUCGUUUGAUUCCGGAGGCGGAAAUUGGGUUGGCCAUUCUGCACUGCUCGCUCGAGAAGUACUGCAACCCGUUGUACAAGUUUACCAGCGUGCUGGAUCUGGACACGGUUCCUUUCGAAGCCCACGGGGACACUUUGGCACGGAACAGUGAAGAUUUGCCGGGUCAUUCCAAGAAGACCAGCAGCGUUGUCGAGAGUAUCUCGAUUCCGGAAACGGAACCGCACGAUAACCAACCAGGAACGCUGCAUUCGACCAACUUUAGCGAUGCUGAGCUGAAGAUCUCGGAGGUCGAGUCUGAAUUCGCCAAGGCCAAUGAAAAUGAAACCACGGGUCGAUCAAAACGGAAGCGUGUCGAGCCGACCGAGCCGCCGAAGGAAGCCAAAAGGAUCCGAUCGAAACCAGUUGAGGAGGAGAUUCCCGAAACUCCAGAAGAAUCCGUGUCUCCGCCACCACCCUCUCAACUUCCCCCCUCACAACCCUCAAAUCUCUCCGGCUUCCUCUCGGUGAACCACGAAGAAGCGCUGAACGAAUCAAAAUCCGCACCGACUGCGGCGCCGACGGCAGCUCAAAAGCCAAAGCGACCCCUUCAGCUAAUGCUGGACGACGGCGAGGACGAUCUGUUCAACUUUGGCGAAGCCGUUCCCAAGCGCGCCAAACGCCAGCAAACACUCGCCGAGUCGUUCACCUCAUCGUCCCAACGAUCUCAACGCGCACCAGAAUCAUCCACCGCAGAUUCGGACCUGUUUGCAUUCAACGGUGAAUCUUCCCGCCGCUCCAAGCGCAACCCGGAAGCACCUCCAAAAUCAGUCCCCAACCCAACCUCGAACACGACCAACACCUCCUACAAGCAGUUUAUCAAACCGAUUACGAUAAAGGCCGAAGGUUGGCUCUCGUCGACGUUCUGCGAGCUCAGCAUCAAAACCCAGGACGAAGUCACGGUGAAGCGCAUCAAGGAGGAACCCGGCGACGGAGACGAGGACCACAAGACGCGCGUCUGGAUCGACGGGAUGCAGUCGAUGUUCCAGGUGCGCGUCAAGUGCAUGAAUUUGACCUCGCACCACCGCAGUCGGGACGGGUCGUCGGAGCGGAGCUUCUUUGGGACGGGAUCGACCAAUGGAGGAGGCAAGAACUUUAAGGCGUUUGUGAAGAAACACAACUACAAGCCACAGCAAACGAUCGUGAAGACAAUGCCGGUAUGCGUUCUGGACAACACACAGGACGAUCAUUUCUAAGCGAAAGGGAGCAAAGGCGUUGAGUUAUCGAAGUAUUGUUAGCGUUGAAGAUAUUAAAAGGAUGCAGUCAUGUUUAACUAUUCUGGUUUUGAAA